AUGGAUUCAGAUCUUUUGUAAUAAUUAUAAGCUCAAUUCCCUCAACAAUAAACAAUUUUAGAAUAGCUAGCCUUGUUAUAUACUUAAAAAUUGUGGCAUGAAAUUACCUUAAAUUUGAAUAUUUUGUUGCAAGAUGAAAAUGUCCUUUAGGAGAGAAAAGCCUUAUUAAAAUUAUAUGAUGGCUUUGUCAAAAAAUUCAUUAAUAAGCUUGAUUAACUUUUGUUAGCUAGAUUCUUGACAUUCGUAGCUAAUGCAUUUGACACUAAUGAAGAGAAGUUUAAUUUCUUAGAAUAAGCUAGAUCUAAUUUCUCAGAAGAUAAUGCCAGAUAUAUAAUCUAAUUGCAACAAAUUAGUUACAGAUUAGAUGAUAAGCACAGUGAAUAAAAUGAUAUUGAGUUGACUGAAUUAAAAGAAAAAAUUGAAAAGCAACAAGUAAUUGAACCUCUUGCUUAUUCCUUCUUAUAUAGAGUUAGCUACGAGUUCUAUUCCCAAAAGAAAAAUUAUGAACUUUUAUAUUUAAAUGCUCUUUAAUUCCUUGCUUACACCCAACCUUAAGAUAUUCCUAUUAGCUAUUAACAAGAUAUCUCUCUUAAGAUGGCUAUAGCUAUUUUAGUCUCACCUAAGAUCUACAAUUUCAGUGAACUUCUUCAACAAAGUGUUGUUAAAUCUCUUCAAAACACUACUUACUCAUGGUUGUACACUUUGAUUGAAACUUUUAAUAGUGGAAACGUGGAUAAGUAUUACUAAGAUCUUAAAUCUUUUGAUGCAUAAAUUAAAUAAAAUGCCUUAUUAGUUAGCAAUCAAAAAUUAUUAGAAGAAAAAAUUAGAAUUAUGGCCUUCCUUGAUUUGGUAUUUAAUUUACCUAAAAAUGAUAGAACCAUAUCCUUCUAGAAAGUAGCUGAAAGAACUAAAUAACCAGUCAACGAAAUCGAAUAUUUGCUUAUGAGAAGUAUGGCUUUAGGAUUAGUUAAAGGAUCUAUAAAUUAGGUUUAAGGCAACGUAACAAUAAGUUGGAUGAUUCCUAGAAUCUUAGAUAACUCAAGAAUAUAAAUUAUGAAAAAUAAAUUCGAUGAAUGGACUAAUAGUCUUAGAAAUUUAAUUUAAUUAGUAGAAUAAGAACCAGUACCUCUUUAUUGA